AUGGGAAACACCAAGAGCGGCGCCUUGUCCAAAGCCAUUCUGGACGAUCUGAAGAUGAACACCAAAUACACAGAGGAGGAACUGUGCGCUUGGUACGCUAGCUUCCUUAAAGAGUGCCCUACGGGACGUAUCACCAAAGAACGGUUUGAAGGCAUCUACGCAGGCUUCUUUCCUGAUGCUGACCCAACGGCCUACGCCCGACACGUGUUUCGCAGUUUUGACACCAACGCAGACGGCACGCUGGACUUUAAGGAGUACAUCGUAGCUCUGCACCUCACCUCUUCAGGCAAGACGAUGCGCAAACUCGAGUGGGCUUUCGCUCUGUACGACGUAGACGGCAAUGGGACCAUCAGUAAAAAUGAGGUGGAGGAAAUCGUACGGUCAAUAUUCAACAUGAUUCCUGCUGAAGACCAGAAAAAUCUCCCAGAAGAUGAGAACACACCAGAAAAGCGAGCAAACAAAAUCUGGACCUUUUUUGGAAAAAGUGAUGAUGAUAAGAUCGGAGAGGGAGAGUUCAUUCAAGGUGUCAUGGACAACAAAGAUAUCUUGAGGUUGAUACAGUUCGACGAGCCAAAGAAGAUUCAGGACAAACUCAAGGAGAAGAAGCACUGA